AUGGGUGACGACGAAGCCAUGGCAACCCAGCUGGGUUCAAAGGCUCUGAACAACGACUCGUCUCCAAAGAAGGUCGCUUACUUUUACGACUCGGACAUUGGCAAUUAUGCCUACGUCACGGGCCAUCCCAUGAAGCCGCACAGAAUCCGUCUCGCGCACAGUCUAAUUAUGCAGUAUGACUUGUACCAGAAGAUGGAGAUUUACCGCGCGAAACCUGCCACGCGCGGAGAGAUGACGCAGUUUCACACCGACGACUACAUUGACUUUUUGCAAAAGGUCACGCCCGACAAUAUGGACAGCUACAUGCGGGAGCAAGGAAAGUACAACGUGGGCGACGACUGCCCCGUGUUUGAUGGCCUCUUUGAGUUCUGUGGUAUCAGCGCCGGUGGCAGCAUGGAGGGAGCAGCGCGAUUGAACCGCCAGAAAUGCGACAUUGCGGUCAAUUGGGCGGGUGGCCUUCAUCACGCGAAGAAGUCGGAGGCAAGUGGCUUUUGUUACGUCAACGACAUUGUCCUCGGCAUUCUCGAGCUCUUGCGAUUCAAAAAGCGCGUUCUGUACAUCGACAUUGACGUGCAUCACGGCGACGGCGUGGAGGAAGCUUUCUACACGACCGAUCGCGUGAUGACAGUCUCUUUCCACAAAUACGGCGAAUACUUUCCUGGAACGGGCGAGCUGCGUGAUAUCGGAAUCGGUCAAGGCAAAAACUACUCGGUCAACUACCCACUGCGCGACGGCAUUACGGACGAAUCGUACAAAUCCAUCUUCGAGCCUGUGAUCGAUGCGGUCAUGAACUAUUAUCAGCCCGAAGCUGUUGUUCUUCAGUGUGGUGGAGACAGUCUCUCGGGAGAUCGACUGGGCUGCUUCAAUCUGAGCAUGGACGGCCACGCUAACUGUGUGAGCUUCGUCAAAAGCUACAAUCUACCGACUCUGGUGCUCGGUGGCGGUGGCUACACCAUGAGAAACGUUGCCCGUACCUGGGCCUUUGAGACUGGCGUGCUUGUUGGCGCCAAUAUGCAACGAACAUUACCAUACAAUGAGUACUACGAGUAUUACGCUCCUGACUUUGAGCUAAACGUCCGAUCCUCCAACAUGGAGAAUUCCAACAGUCGCGAAUACCUUGAGAAAAUAACAGCACAAGUUAUCGACAAUCUGCGCCAGACUGGACCUGCUCCGUCCGUGCAGUUGCAAGACGUCCCGCGGAAACCGUUUGGUGGCAUGACCGAUGAAGAGGAAGCAGAGCUGGAUGAUCUAGAUGAGGACGAGAACAAGGACGUCCGCAUGUCGGAAAGACAAUGGGACAAGCAUGUCGAGAACGGCGCGGAGUUUGAGGCGAGCGACGAUGACGAGCACGCCAGGGCUAAUGGCGCUACGCGAUCUACCGAAAAGAAGCGUCCGUUUGACGAUCACCGUGAAGCAAACGGAGACGGUGUAAACGGCAAGCGGUCGCGGAGUGCCAAUCAGGAUGAUGAGCAAGGUGCGCAGCCGCCUGCAGGCGAGGUCAACGAGCCCAACGACCCCAACGAUGAUACCAUCGACGACGUGGCUAUGCCAGAACGCCCAGUCGAGGAGCCUGAGACUGAACCAGCGCAAAAGUCGGAAGAGCCUCGAAAGAGCGCAAACGACACCAACGAUGCGACGCAAGUCGACCACGAUGGUGACGUCGGCAUGGACGACGAGGCACCUGCGGAUGAAGCCGUCAUCAAGACCGAGGAAGUCGACACUGAGGCAGCCGCCGCGACAACCGCAGACUCCGCUGCCUCGGCCGACGGCAAGCCGGAAGAAGCAGCCAAAGCCACAUCCGAAGCCAGGGAGGAGCCAGAAGCAGAGGCCAGCAAAUCUGCAGAAAAGCCCGCGGAGGCAGUGGAAGCAGUGGACUCUGCUGGUAAGGAUGCGACAGAGUCCAGUGCUAUGGACGUCGACCCGGAACAACCGAAGACGGGCGAGGACAAGGACAAGGGCGAUCAUCAGGAGCCCGCAAAGGACACAAAGGAGCCUGAAGAUACCACCGCCGCCAGCUGA